UUUUAUACCCUUCAUAUCAAUAUCAUAUAGAUGCCAAAAAAGAUAAUUAAGCCAUUAUUACAAUUUUAUAUAACAAAUUUAAAAUUUAACGAAAAUAAUUAACAUAAACUAAACCUUCUGCCAUUAAAUAAUUUAAACUUCGUCUCACUAAAACAAUUGUCUAUGAAAUUUCAUAAAAAAAGCGUAGUGUUUACAAAAUGUCAAAACUGCUUUAACAGGUUAAAUGCACUAGGAUGAUAUUAAAAUCGGAGGGACGUUUGAAAGUGUCUAUGUACUAUGGUAAAACUUCUUUUAGAAUUUAUUUUGCUUAUGUGGCUCAGUAUCAACUACAUAAAUGCUGAAAAUUGUCAGGGCCACGAUCGUGUUAAAUUUUUGUGUCCUGAUGGUCAAGACAAAACGAAAGAACGUUGCUGCUUUUCAGUUGUACCAGGAGAAAGAUAUGUUGGUUUAUAUUGUUGCAGUAUGCAAGAGUACGAAUCCAUAAAUCUGGACAAUGAUUGUAAUUAUUCUUAUAAAAAAAAUAACUGUGAACUUCUUGUAACAGAUUUAUUUAAGUACAAUCAUCAGAUGAAGGUUUGAUUAGUACAGAGAGCCCCACGAUAGAACCAUGGAUAUAAAAAGAGUUAUCUCUGCAAUAUUAUAAUCUAAAAUCAUCUCUUGUAUAUACAUAUAUAUUAAUAUAUAUUACAUUUAUAUUAAUACUGUAUUAACAAUAUAUAAAAACAAUGAUGAUGCAUAAGGGACAUCGAUUGAGAAUGUCAAAACAAUUCUAUUGACUUCUGUAAAGACUCAGUUGUUCCUUUAA